AUGGAGGAGGAGGCCUGCGCUGCCAUCAGGGGGGACCAUGACAAGGGAGAUGGAAAAAGUCAGAACGAGGUGAAGGUGCUGGGGGAGAGGGAGAAUAGGAAGGAGCCCUGGAGAGGAGAUGCUGUCAAAGCGGAGCCGCCUGACAUGGCCUUUGAGGCCUGCAGCGUGAAGGUGGAGAAGGACGACGCCCCGGCUGGCUCGUCGUGUGGGCCUGCUCGUGCCAGCACCGAUGACGGCAGGGCGCAGCUCUGUGCGGGGUUGGGGAUCCUCCCUGAAGAUGUGAAGGUCCCAGUUGUGUUUUGUCCCUUACCUCCUGGGACCAGCAUACAGAUCCGAGGCCCUGUGCCGUCAGAGCUGAUCCCUGUGACUAGAGUGCCGGUGAAACAAGUGCCGCUUAAAACGCAGCCUUCGCUGCAGCCUUCCGUAAAGAUCGAAACCAAAAAUGUGCCCUUCACGGUACUGCCCUCCGAUGCAGGUAUGCCAGAUACUCCAUUUAGCAAGGACAGAAGUGGCCAUGUAAAGCGUCCAAUGAACGCAUUUAUGGUGUGGUCUAGGAUUCAUCGGUCCGCCCUAGCAAAAGCUAACCCAGCUGCCAGUAAUGCAGACAUCAGCAUUCAGCUUGGAUUGGAGUGGAGCAAACUGACCGAAGAGCAGAAGCAGCCCUAUUACGAUGAAGCUCAUAAAAUAAAACAAAGGCACAGAGAGGAAUUUCCUGAUUGGGUUUAUCAACCACGACCAGGCAAAAAGAAGCGUUUUCCACCGCCUGCCUCUGCUGUAUUUUCUGGUACUUCACAGCGUUUCAUCGCUACAAAUCCAGCUGGCAUUUGUCGUUUCCAGUCUCACUCUGUUGUCAUCCCCAAUGUUAAGAACAGUAUUGUCCAGCCAAUCAGUGAAGCUCCUUCUGCCAUCUGUCUGCCGGCUUCUUCCAUUCGACAUGCUGGUCCAAUUACUCUUUUCCAGCCUACUAGUGCAGGCACCACAUCAGUGGCUGUUCCAGCUUCAACCCUGGCCCUGCGCCCUUUAUUUUUCCCACAGCACUUUCCUGAACCUGCUCACACCAAAGUUCUUAGUGAAUCAUCUGGGCUCAGUUGCUCUCUGAGGAGACCUACACCAGUGUUCAUCGAGAAGUUCAGCAGAAACCCAAGUAACAUAACCAAUGUGAAUGGCAGAUUUACUUUCCCUAAUAGUGAGCCCCCAAGGGAGUACCCAGGGGUUUCUAUUUUUCCUAGAGGUGUACCUCUUCCCCAGGCUCCCCCUUUUUUUCAAUCACAUGUCUGUGAGUCUGUUCACAUUGGUCAGCCAGCCAGUCCGUUUGGAGUACCUCCUCAGUUUUCAUUUCACCAGUCUUACUUUGUACCUGGACCUCACUAUUUCCCCCCAAGCACAUGGCCAUUCAAUCGACCUCCGUUCAGCUGUGGGAAUUUCUCCAGCUCGGUGCCUGAAUGCAUUAGCUUUUAUGAAGAGCGUUACCAAAGACAAGAGGUGGUGUUUUCAGCUCUGGACAGAGACUAUACUUUCAAGGACUACCUAGAAGAAAGUGUACAUGAGGACCACCGCAGCUGUGAGAACCUUGAAAGGGUGUCCUGUCAGAGCAGCUGCAACGAGGAGCGGUAUUCAAACCCCCUACCACAGCUGGAGACUGGGAUACUGGAGGAGGUUUUGUCAGCUACCCCAUCUAGUCCCUCCAGCAUCCAACUCAUCAAUGUAACUGACAGCGAUGAGGAAGAAGAAAUAAAGUUGUUGAAAGAAUUUGAUUAA